AUGAUUAGAUUCAACAGAUAUAGCAGAAUUGUAUCCACCAAUUUAUUUGGCUGCAAAGCUGCAGGAUGGACAAUUUUUCAGCAUCGUUUCAACAGUCAGUCUUCCUACAAGAGUAUUGAGGAGACGUUGGAGAAACUACCGAACUUGAAGAAAAGUGAGUCAUACUUCAAGGUGAUAAAUGAUCAGUUAAAGCGUAUCAAUGCUUUGGAACACCAGAAACAGAAAGAGGAAGGUGAUAAAUUGUAUGAUUUAUCAAGAAAUCUCAUUAGCGCUAUGAAAGAAAACGAGCAGUUGGAUCAAGACCGAGAACUUCUGCUACUAAGCGAAAUCAUAGAGAAGUUUGCCAGAUAUAGUUUUGCAUCUGCCAGUAUAGCAUUCAAAAGAUUGAAUGAGAUAGAUUCCGAGUUUUCGCUGAAACCAGAAUCUAUUGGUGAACUGAUCAAAUACAAUCCUGGUCGAGUGAAGAGUAGCUGGGAGUUAUUCAAUGAGUUGGUAAAGAACAAACCGAGCGAUUUUCUUGGAAGUAUAGUAUUGGAGAAAUUGAUUCAUGGCGAUCAGAUAGACAUUAAGGAAGGUGCCACCCAAAUCAAUUUGGAUAAAGCCAUUAAAAUCUACAGAAUUCUGCACAAUCUGGAAGAUCGUAGUUUGAUUCGAGAGGAGAGUAAGAAGAAGUUGGCGGAAGAUUUAAUAAGUCUUAAUGUGGCAAAAGCUCUAAUUCCUCUUGGAUUAUCAGCUGAAGCUGUCGAAUCAAUUAUUUCUUCGAAGAAAGACACUCUUAAGAACAGUGACUACUUUUAUUUGUACCUAUCCACCCGAGAUUGCUGCACAGAUAAUCACCUACCUUCCAAAUUGUUGCUGGAGCUGUUUUUACCGAUUUCCAAAUUACAAUUGGCAGAUGAUGAAGCUUUUGGAAAAGACAGCUCGAACUUGCAGCAGUUACAGAAAUUAGCUCCUUUAGAGGUAAAGGUUCAGCUGACGGCAGCAGAAAUAACAGAACAAUUCCGAGAUCUGAUCCAGGAAAAAGGACUGGACAAACCAAUCCGUGUAAAACUUGAUCUGAUCAAAUCAGCAGGUUUCCAUUCGAAGGAUUUAAAAAAGGCAAUUCAAUAUUUUGAAGAAUUCCAAACCAAAGUGCCUGCCACGGCACCAGGCACGGACUAUCUUAAAUGCAUUACUUCAUUGGUAUUUGUCUACUCUGCCAUCGAUAAAAAUAAGGAUGAGUUUUUGAAUUUGGCGGAAGCUCUAGUCCCCCAGUCUCCUAAACCAAUGGCUAACAACUUGGCCUCGUUUGUACUUCAUCAUUCCUGGUUUGGAGAUAGUGAAAAGGCCGUUGCAAUCUACAAUAAGUCACUUGAUCUAUACAUGAGACCCAAAGAAGAAACAACCAAUGCUAAGGCUAGAGGUAUGCUUGUACAAUCUCUUAUUAUUGGUGCGUUACUAGGAGACCAGAUCGGUCUAGCUCGUCUUAUCAAGUUGAAAAGUGUUGAAAAUAAGCUUUUGGAAGACGAGUACGAUACCAGAAUAAAUCAAGUGCUGAAAAAUUACGGAGAUCUCAAAGAGCGGAUUAAGUCCGAUGACUCGGCAAUAAGAGCCGAGCUGAAAAAAAUUGUUCUCGGCGCGAUCGAGGAGAUGUCCCCGUAA